UUCCACAUCAUUGGUAUAAAAACAGACCGCAUGUUACAAGGUGAUCAGUUUUCAUUAGAACGUGAUCAGAAAUGGGUGAAUUUUAUAGAGUUUUGUUUACAGCCCUUGUUGUAGUGGUUAUCGCCCCACAACACCAGUGCAAUCCACUGUUCUUUUUUCCUCGUCCAAUACUAUCAACGACAUCUAGUGGAGGAACGACGACAGCUUCUAGCCCAUCACCAGCAGUCCAGGAAUCUAACGUGACAGUAGCGUUAGGAAAUCGCAUCAAUACGGUAACCGGCUUGGACGACUACGGCACCAACGUAAAUGGGCUAACGGUCAAUGUCGUUCGACGUCGGCGUCGUCGUGACAUUUGGAGCAUAUCUUCGGUUCUCGAUUCAAACUCCCCGAACGGAUCGUACAUUGCUAUCAACAAUCAGAUAUUCCCAUUGCCAGACAACUUAUCUAAUGUUUCACUGAACGUUGCAUCACUACCAAAUUCGCAACAGAUCCUCAACUUCUCGCAAUCUUUGCCCACAUCAUUCAUGCCGGCAAUACCGGAAAACUACAGCAACGCGUUCCAAUCGCUGGUGACCGGCUUUGAAACGCUACCACUGGACUUCAUGGACAACAUUGUUCGAUUACUCUCCAACGGCUAUCAGAACAGCUUCGGACAGCUUUUUCUCGAACGAAGCUUCGAACGACUCAAUCAAACGCUUGCUCGUGGCCAUGAGGUAGUUCAGGACAGACUUAACGCUAUUGCUAGUCAAACCGGACAAGGAUUCGAGCAGAUAAUAGCCAGAUUCAACGGUUCAUCAUCAGCGGUUCAACGGUGUGUCGGCAACAGUCUGAACCCAACAAACGUUGCCAGAUCUGUAGUGAGCAAGGGUUUCAAUUGCGUCGAUCGCAAAUGGCAGGAGCUAAACGAGCUGGCAGGAAACAUCGGGGAAGAUGUCGUCGCAGCGGAUAAGGGUGCUUCCGAAUUUCUGGCUAAUCUAACCACCUGCAGUGGGGCUAACUAUAACAACUCGGACCUGUCGACAUCACAACGAAACACAUUACGCCGUCAGUGCUACGUGCGUACGAUUGUUUCCUUCCCGCAAUCGCUUCUCUUCCUGCCUAUCUCACUGGCAAUUGACGGUACAAAGCUGUACGCUUCCAUAUCCGGAUUGGAAGCUGAGUUGGGUGCAUGUGGUGCUGAGGUUGCACUCGAGAUCGGCAUGACGGCAGCACAGAUCGGCACGAAGAUUGUACUGUGCCAAAUAUUCCCUUCGUAAAAUCGACACUUUAUGACGACGAGAAGCAUUCGCAAUAACGAUUCCAUCUUUCAAGUAGAGCCAAACAUAUCCUUAAACUCGAUUUCACCUAUGAUUGGAUGUUGUUAUAUGACCCCCUCUUAAAGAUGUACUUUCAACUUACCCAGCCUGAGUUCUCCAAAGUUGCCACAGCCGAUCUUUUUGCCAACGCGGAAGUUUGGGCCCACCAUCAGGACACCGGAGGACGAACUGACCGAAUGCCGUGCGGAAUACAUACUGCUGCCGCCUCUUGCACCACCGCCUCCGCCUCCACCGCCGCCACCUCCGCCUCCUCCGCCGGCUGUGUUCGAUGCUCCGGCACCGGGGACACCGCUGUUGAUAAAAGGAAAUAAGAAAUGCAAAUAGAAGGGAAAACAUUAGAAAUUGUUUACUUACAAAAAUGCAAAUAGAAGGUUACACCAAUAAAACCCAGACUUCUUUCAAGCAAGACAAAAUAA